AUGGAUGAAGUCGAGUUGAAGCUGGAUACAAGUGUGCAACAGCCUCUGGCACUGAAAGAUGAGACGCCGAACUGGCAGAAUAGCGUAACAACCAAGGCGUUUUCGGGAGACAAAUUUUUUCUAGAUGACUUGGGAAUGGAUGAUGAACAAAGGUCAGACGAGAUCAACGGUUCACCAUCCCCUAAGCGUGAAAGAAACGAUGAAGAUGGAUUACUUGCUGGCGCAGUAUUAGCAUACGUGGUAUGGAUCGACGGCGCUCCUGACACUCCCGUACGCCAGAGCAGUCACAAGUAA